GGAAAUCAGAUGCGCCUGUGAAGGCUGCAUUAGAACUGGCUUUUAUCAAGCUAGAAGGGACUGAGCAGCUCAGCGGUUUCAGCAGGGAGCGUUUUCUCCUUAGCGGAAUCAUUUUACACAGUUUUAACUGGAUUCGCUAUGAACUCCAGCUGCUAGCAGGCUAAAAGACAGCGUUGAAAAUGGCCUGUCGUGUGCACUUUGUGGUUUUGCUAAGCCUUACUGCUGCUGCUUUGGGAGAUUGUUCAUCCCUUCUUGAAGAGUGCAUAAGGGGCAGUGGUGUGCAGUACAGGGGCAAGCAGCAGAAAUCGUCCUCGGGCAGUUUCUGUCUGAACUGGAAUAGUACGAACCGGGACUAUGACGUCACACUGCACUCAGACUUGGCCACAGGUGUCGGGGACCAUAACUAUUGCCGUAAUCCUGAUGACUCGGAUAAGCCCUGGUGCUAUGUUUCCGGAGCAGAUGGACAACUCCAGAGAGAAGACUGCGCUAUCGAGGCAUGCCAAGAUGAAAACUGCACAGGAGCAGGAACCUGCGUCAGAAGCCCCUCUGGAGAACAGCACGCAACGACUGAGCAGGUGAAGGCAGUAGAAGGCGCCGCCGUGCAGCCCGUGGUGGGGGUCAGUCAGCGGGUCAGGACGGGACCCAAGAGGAAGAAAGACCUAGGCACUACGGGUUAUGUCCUAGCCAUCAUCAUGAUGGCCAUCAUUAUCAUACUGGGAGUGGGAAUUACACUGGGCUACUUCUACAAGCGGGGUCAUGACCUGAAGAAGCAGCAUGAGCAGCGUGUGCAUGAGCGAGAGAUGCACCGCAUCACGCUUCCCCUCUCUGCAUUCGCUAACCCCACGUGCGAGCUGGUGGAUGAGAACACCAUCGUGGUGGCGGCUGAGCCCGCCGAACAAGCGCCUUUGCAGGACGCCAUCGAGGGCAGCGACCCCCUCAUCGACUCUGCGGGCACACCUGGAGCUUGACAGAUCCUGGACGGUCGCAGAGGAUCAACACCACCCCACACACCCUCUCUGUCUGUCGCCUGCUUUUCAGGAGAAGGGAAAGCUCUUCACGGUCUCCUAGCAUCCUUGUCUCUUCAACGGCAGCCAUGUUGAGGAGUGGAGGAUGCACCAAGACACAUCAGACAAUUCAGGAUGCAAGGACUGGGGGAGGAGUUUUGUAUAAAAGUGCAUGUCAGGAUUUUGUCAAGCUGAAUGACAUUUAAACCCUUCGAGUAUGUUCUUUUAGAGUACUAGAGUCACCUAUGCAGUCACGGUUUUUCACCAGCCUGCAUGCUGGUUUAUAGCACGGUGUCCGUGAACAAGCCUUAUGCACACGAUAUGGGAUUAAUAACGGGGUUUAAUUGAAGUGCUCAGGGGAAAUUGUGUUCUUUUUCAGUUUUCUUAUGAUCAUGAAGAAUGUUAAUUGGAGGAAAAGGACCGAGCAAGCACAAGCAAUCACCCCCCCCAUAACAUUUAGCAUUACAAUGUGUCCCUGGAGUUGUAGCACUCUGUAUUAGAGUAGCUUUAGGUCGAUUAGCAAAGUGGCUGUGUAUUCAUCAGCUUUGACUGACGGGUCCUUCUCAGAAAGCUGCACUCCGUUUAUUACAGAAAAGUGUCCAGGUUUCCACACGCAUUGCCUUAGUGCAUUAAAUAUUAACUCACUUUUUUUAAAGUUGCUAUUUGAUGUGUAUAGAAAUGCAUUCCUAAGGAAGCUAAACACAACAAAAAGAUCAGUGAAGCCUAGAAGCAUGUUGUGGAUCAGGUGCUGUUAGAGUUUUGACCGUCCUUGAGAAGACACGAGGUGUUAAAUGACUUAGAACGGCAACAAAAGCAUUUCAUGCAGCAAAUUAAAUCUGAUUUGUUCUUUAUCUUAAAUUCCAUUUGAGAUUCUGUAAUGUCUGCUUUUGCAAAGGACAAACUACUGAAUUUAAUUUUUGCGGACUUCUGAUGGCCUAACGGUUAGAGAAGCAGCUUUGAGACAAAAAGGUUGCUGGUUUGAUUCCCUGGACCUGCAGGAAUGGCUGAAGUGUCCUUGAGCAAGGCACUGAACCCCAAACUGCUCUGGGUAUGUAUGUUGUACAUCACUCUGGAUAACAGUGUCUGCUAAAUGCUUAUAAUGUAAUAGUAAACUCUCAGAAAGUACCCUAGCUCUAAAGGUACUUAUUUGUACUCUAUAUACUGCUUGGGAACACGUGUACCUUUUUGGCCCUAAGAAGGUACACACAGUUACCUUGAGGUCCAAUAAUGAGCCCGAAGAUGUACAUUAGGUGUCGACUGUACCAUGGGGGACUGAAAUGGACUCCUACUGUACCCCUAUUUCUGACAGUGUAACUACACUGAUUGGAGGUCUGUAAACUUGGGAAGUUUGCCAUCUUCCAGGUUUUUGUCCCAGACAAACUACAUCAAAGUCCGUAUGGGCAGGUCUCAUCACUCGGCAGCCAUCUUAGUAACAUAUCUGGGCAGUUACAGUAUUUUGGGCUACAAGACCCAGGACCUAUCUAAAUGAAUGGGGAGAGGGCCAUAACUGCAUGUUCUGUGGCCACAAAAAUUGUAUCUAUCGAAUCACAAACUAAAUCUGAUAAAAAAAAAAUGCUUAAAAGGUUUGGUGACUUUGUCCCAAAAUAAGGUUUAAAAAGCACCCCCACAGGUUCUAGUUCUACUACACAUAUACAAUUGUGUACUUAUAUCAGUGCAACAACACAAUUGGCUUCUUGAAGAGGGGGCGGGAUGUACGCAUACAACCACCAUCUUUGGCGGUAUAGACUUUCCCCAUAGAUUUCUAUUCAACAUGUCGCCUCCUUUGUUUCUGGCUCCACCAGUGGGACUCUGAUCAUCUGAUGGGUUUUGUACACUUUUCUGGCCAUAAAGCUUCAGGAUCCCAAAGGUAGCAAUCUGAUUGCAGAGAGCAUUUUCAUUCAUCCAAAGAAGAGAGGGGAAAAAAAAAAUAAUUCAUCGUGCCAUCUGUAAGAAUUGCAUCAGGAAUUUUGUAUGAAAGGCAGUUCAUGGCCAUGUUUCAUAAUGUUCCAGACUUUAGAGAGAGAUCAGGCUUGGGACACGAUUGAAAUGGUUUGGAGAGAGUUGGUUUUCUUUUGUGUGGCUUUGUGCAGGGAAGAUUUUGAUUAUCAAAGAAACAUGAAGAGAGAGGAACGUCCACAUGGAAUAUCCAGUCAGAAAACAAGUGCAUUUGAUGAAAGCUAGCCAUGUCACCCAAUUAUUUGAGGAAAUCCAUAAUUGGGGGGGGUCGGAAGUCUUGAUUCCCCCCCAAAAAAACCCAUAUCCCAUCCUGGAUUGUUUAACAUUCCCUGGGGAAUCAAAUCACUUGGUUAUUUUUGUUUGUUAUGACCUGGAGUCUGUAGUAUUAUUUUUCCUCUCUUUGUUUUCUUGAUUGCAUCAGAACACCUGCAUAUAGUUUCAAGAGAUCUUAUUUUUAAUGUUUGGCAGGUUUUCACUAUGAAGAAGAAAAAUAAUAAAUGAAGUUAAGCUGC